AUGGUACCGCCAACCUUCAACAGCGAAGAGAUAGUUUCUCUACUCGGCGAAAUGUACACCCUGAUUUUGCGCUUUCAAAGCCUGCCCGAAGAAUCCAAUAUCAGCUACGGACCUCACACUCUCCCAUCAUUUGACACCGAUGCCUGGAUUGAGGCUGGUAUGGAUCCUGAGACCGUCAAUGUGCUGUCGAAACUACCCCUUUUCAAUUCCGACAAGGAGAAAAUUGGUCCUGAUAUGUCUCCCAUGCUCUAUUUGAGGGACGCACAGACUGUGGUGUCCGAUGACGAGAAAACGAGCGAUAAUGAAGACGAAAAGAAAGACGAAGAAGAGAACGAGCGAAGAAUGCAUCUCGAAUCAUGGACCGACCCGUUCUUCCUGAAGCCUGAGGAGAAGUACAUCGAGUCAUGGUGUAUACCCCUCACUUCCGCCAAUCAUGGUGGAUAUGUUCUAAUCUUAGAUUGCAAAACUAACGAGAUAUUUGAGGUCGAUUAUUUCAGCGCUCGAUAUGACUUCCCCGAAGCUCCUCCCGACACUCAUGAAGGUUACUAUCGCCAUUUUCCGUCCGGGCCCGCUCCCAAUGUUCUCAAGAAGUGGGUUGCGUAUUAUAGAGAUCUGGUCAUAGUACCUGAUUAUAGGCAUGGAAAUUGGUGGUUUGGAGAUGAAGGAGAAAUGGGCGGAGAAGAAGAAGUGAAGUACUCCUGUCUCGCUGGCUGAGAGUUGAUUAUCGUAUUGACACAUCAAUUUUCAAUUCUCUGGAUUUGGUUGUGGGACCAGAGCGAUUGGGCUGCAUAGAGAUUGCUGGCACUGGUUUUGCAGGGCAAAGAAGUAAGACAGAUGCUUUUGAACUAUGGAUGGCCAGACAACUUUCACGAAGAGGAAUUCAAGGCUGCGUUGGUCCCAUGGAAAGAGAUGAAAGACGAAGCAGAAGGUGCGGAUAUGGAAGCCGAGGAUGCUAGAAUCAAGGAAGCUGCGAAGGACUGGGUGCGAAGAACGUAUGGCGAGUGA